UCUAGCACCAAGCGAACAGAAAGAGAGCCUCAAGAGAAGUCUUACACUAAAACCAACAAGCCCUCUUUGCCCAACUUGCAAUGGCCUCGUGUCAGUGCUCCAAACCCGUUGAGCAUCCAUGCAACCAAGACCAGAAAAGCCACUCAUCGGGCCAAAAGGUAGAGAAACAGGCUGAAGGUGGAGUCGUCAAGACCGGGACUCGCAGCUCAAGCCAAAGCCAUUCCCCUGGAAGCACUAAUGGCAUGACCCCUGCUCCGGCAUGCAAUGCAAACAAGAGAGGUGAGCGCAAGAAGGGUCUGUUCCAAAGGAUCAAGGAUGGCAUCUCAGGCCAUAGUGAUGGAGGCGGCAGCAGCAGCAGCAGCGAGAGCGAGAGCGAUGAUGAGAAAUGUGGUAAACGAAAGAAUUGAUGGGCAAAAUCAGAUAUUGAUGGUUUCCCCAUAUCUACAAGGAAAUAAAGAGAUGCCAUAUGGGAUAUGGUGAUUACUUUAGAAAGGAAUAAAGUGGCUUCACGUACGAUAAUCAUGAUGUAAUCUUAUACUAUUAUUAUUAUUAUAUGAAUAAAAGGACAAGUCAUGAUUAAAUAUGCGGGCUUGCUUCUAAUAA